CUUACUGCAGCUUACGCUCCUACCUGCAUCCACUUGACGGCGUAAGCACUCCCGUCUGACAGCAAUCUAUGGUACGGCAGUAAGGGAAAUGCGGCUAUCUUUGGCCCGCCUUAGCCUGGCGUGCUUGGUUGCAAGUGUGGCUUGCCUGACUGCCAAAUGCAUUCGUCGUCAAGCAUCGAACGUAGAGAUCGCCAAGGGACGGCUCGCGCGCGUUUGGGCAGUGUGUACUGCGGGGCGAAACUGGACGAGAGAGAGGGCGUUUCCCGUGUGCACUCCAAUUGAGGGCUUCGCUCGAACCACUGCGCUUAAAUGUUGGGUCUGUCACCUGUCAAGCGUAUCGACAGGCUGUGGUUUUGUUCUGCAUUCGACCAACUAUCACGGGCGGCAAACCUCAAUAUGCUAGUCUUCGCUGUGACGGCGGGCCCCUGACAGCUGAGGAGACCUCCGUAUUGACCGGACACGGCGCCUCACCCUUUGGCAGCGGCGUACACACACCGAUGGGCCUCUAGUGACGGCU